AUGGCACGAGAGAUUGGAAACGUCAGAUAUGAUGAGGAGUUUGUAUUGAAUUCUCGAGGAUUGAAGCUUUUCACGUGCAAAUGGCUUCCCAUGAAUCAAGACCCAAAAGCCUUGAUCUUUAUUUGCCAUGGUUAUGCCAUGGAAUGCAGCAUCACCAUGAACAGCACGGCGAUUCGGCUUGCGAAGGCAGGUUUUGCAGUUUAUGGUUUAGAUUAUGAAGGCCAUGGAAAAUCAGCUGGUUUACAAGGCUAUGUGGAAAACAUGGAUUAUGUCAUCGAUGAUUGCUCUAGUCAUUUUACAAGCAUAUGCGAGAUGCAAGAAAACAAGGGGAAGAUGAGAUAUUUGUUAGGAGAGUCCAUGGGAGGAGCAGUUGCUUUGCUCUUACACAGAAAGAAACCAGAUUUUUGGGAUGGUGCAGUCUUGGUGGCACCCAUGUGUAAGAUUGCAGAUGAUGUGAGGCCACCUCAAUUGGUAAUUACAAUUCUAAGAAAGCUUUGCAGUAUCAUUCCAACUUGGAAAAUAAUCCCAACCAAGGAUAUCGUCGAUGUUGCCUUUAAAGUACCUGACGUAAGACAACAGAUUAGAGAAAACCCAUAUUGCUACAAAGGGAAACCUCGCUUGAAGACCGGGCAUGAACUUCUAAGAAUUAGCAUGGAUCUUGAGCAGAGGCUUCAAGAAGUGUCAUUGCCAUUUUUAGUUCUGCACGGUGAAGCAGAUAAAGUGACGGAUAAAACUGUGAGCGAGCAACUCUUCAAAGUGGCUUCAAGUUCAGACAAGACCAUUAAGUUGUAUCCUGAGAUGUGGCACGGUCUACUUUAUGGAGAACCAGUAGAAAACAGUGACAAAGUUUUUGAAGACAUUAUCGAUUGGUUAGACAACAGAUCUCGUUUUGGAAAUACCAGAUUGGAGAGGGAGCAAAAGCAUAUGCAUGAUGAGUUUUCCAAGUCUAAAUAA